UUUCAGUUCCACCAAGAAAAAAGUGAAAAAAAAAGUAGUCGAGAGUCGUUUCAACUGUGGUCUCAUCUCAGUUUGAGCAAUUUCUCUGAAACAAAAUGGCGGAAAUCGGAGAAACAGAUGAAACGAUUGAGGGGAGAAACGUAGGAGCCAUGUGGGAUCUAGAGCAGAAACUUGAUCAGCCCAUGGAUGAAGAAGCUCAUAAACUCAAGAACAUGCACAGAGAAAAGGGUUUGUCAACGUUGAUGCUUCUAAGGUUGGCCUUCCAGAGUCUAGGGAUAGUCUAUGGUGACUUAGGGACUUCUCCCUUGUAUGUGUUCUACAAUACGUUCCCUGAAGGAAUAAAAGACACCGAGGAUGUGAUCGGAGCGGUUUCUUUAAUCAUUUAUUCGCUCUUGCUAAUCCCUCUAAUCAAGUAUGUCUUCAUUGUCUGCAAAGCGAAUGACAAUGGUCAAGGUGGGACACUAGCUAUUUACUCGCUGCUUUGCAGACAAGGUAAACUGAAACUUGUGCCAGACCAGCAACCCAGCGAUGAGGAGCUCACGACAUAUAGUCGUAGUUUAUUGCCUGAAGGGUCUUUGGCUGCAAAAACAAUGAACUGGUUGGAGAAAAAAGAUUCUAGGAAAAGAGCGCUUCUGAUUAUUGUUCUUGUGGGGACUUGUAUGACGAUUGGUGAUGGCAUUUUUACCCCGGCUAUCUCGGGUAGGUCUCUCUCUAUGCUUUGUGUUUCUUGGACUACAAGGAUGACAUAUUUAGUUAACAACAUCAUUCUGCUUUCAGUUCUUUCAGCUACUGGUGGGAUCAAAGUAAACAAUCCAGAGAUGAGCAGCGAGACCGUUGUGAUCGUAUCCGUUCUUAUUUUGGUGGCUCUGUUUAGUAUGCAACACUAUGGUACGGACAAAGUUGCAUGGCUCUUCGCACCUAUUGUGUGUAUUUGGUUACUCUUAAUUGGAGGCACCGGGCUAUACAACGUCUUCAAAUACGAUACUAGUGUUCUCAAAGCAUUCUCCCCCACAUAUGUUUAUACGUACUUCAGAAGAAGAGGGCGAGAUGGUUGGGUUUCGCUUGGCGGAAUUUUGCUCAGCAUAACAGGGACUGAAGCACUAUACGACGACAUUGCUUAUUUCCCACUACUAGCUAUACAGCUUGCCUUUGCGUUUUUCGUGUUUCCUUGUCUACUUUUAGCAUAUUGCGGCCAAGCUGCAUACCUUAUGAAAAACAAGGAACAUUAUGCAGAAGCGUUCUAUGAAUCUAUCCCAAAUAGUAUAUAUUGGCCAAUGUUUAUAGUCGCGACAGGAGCUGCGAUUGUUGGAAGCCAAGCUACGAUAUCAGGGACAUAUUCGAUCAUCAAGCAGGCCGUGGCUCAUGGGUGUUUUCCUCAAGUCAAAGUCGUUCAUACUUCAAAGAAGUUCCUCGGUCAGAUCUAUAGUCCUGAUAUCAACUGGAUACUCAUGAUCGGUUGCAUAGCUGUCACUGCUAGAUUCAAGAAUCAAAAUCAAAUAGGGAACGCAUAUGGGACCGCGGUUGCAAUCGUAAUGCUUGUGACCACAUUCCUUAUGGUGUUGGUUAUGUUACUCGUGUGGCGGUGCCAUUGGAUCCUUGUCCUCAUAUUUACCGUACUCUCCCUCGUAGUGGAAGGUGCAUACUUUUCGGCUGUGCUUUUAAAGAUUAAUCAAGGAGGAUGGGUUCCUCUUGUCGUCGCCGCUAUCUUUCUUCUUGUAAUGUUGAUAUGGCAUUAUGUGAAAAUCAAGAGAUAUGAGUUCCAGGUGCAUAGCAAAGUGUCAAUGAGCUGGAUCCUCGGCCUCGGCCCCAGCCUUGGACUUGUCCGGGUCCCAGGGGUGGGGUUGGUCUAUUCAGAACUAGCAAGUGGUGUUCCUCACAUCUUUUCCCAUUUCAUCACUAACCUCCCCGCUAUUCACUCAGCCGUAGUCUUUGUCUGUGUCAAGUACCUCCCCGUCUAUACGGUCCCGGAAGAAGAAAGGUUUCUCGUGAAGAGAAUCGGAUCCAAGACACUACGAAUGUUUCGUUGUGUCGCCAGAUAUGGUUACAAAGAUCUACACAAGAAAGACGAUGAUUUCGAGACUAAGCUGUUUAACAAUCUAUUCUCUUUCAUCCGAAUUGAAAGAAUGAUGGAGCCAGUUUCAAACUCAAGCAACAGCAGUCGUACUUACAUUUGCAGCCAGACGCAUCAGUCUAGAGAAGAUUUGAUCAACAGAAACAACAUAGAUAUGCUAUCUUCCAUCGUGGACUAUACGACAUCAACAUUGGACAUGAUCAUCCCCCUUGAUUCCCCUAGUAACGCUUUCAGUUUAAGCCAGGAGAACACGGUUGAGGAAGAUACAAACGAGAUGGAGUUUCUAAAGAAUUGUAGAGCCUCAGGGGUUGUUCAUAUUCUAGGAAACACUAUCGUGAAAGCAAGAAGAGGUUCAUCGCUUCCCAAGAAGAUUGCCAUUGAUUAUGUUUAUGCGUUUCUUAAGAAGAUUUGUAGGGGGAACAAUGUCAUCUUCAAUGUUCCUCAUGAGUCCCUUUUGAACGUUGGACAAGUCUUUUAUGUCUAGGGACUUUCUUUUGUUUUGUUUUAUGGGGUAGCUAUCAGAUUUUCAAAAGCGAGAAUCUCAUUUGAAUCCCCAGUGCGUUCAACUAAUAUAAUGAUAGCUAGUCUCAUUUUGGUUCUGUUUCCUU